AAACAUCGUCGUGGCGCAACUGUCGCUGCGCCUGACCGUGGUGCAAUCGGUUUGAAGCGGCAAGGCAUCAUUGCGAAAAGAGCACCGACCAACCUCUCGCGCAUGGCAGCCGCAUCUACCCCAUCAACGGCCGACUACAGCACUUUCUUUGACCGGCUCGUGUCGCUGCGCCACCACUUUCAUUCGCAUCCCGAGCUGAGUUUCCAAGAAGUGAUCACGCAGCAAACGCUGCGUCGGUUCCUUGUCGACGAGGCUGGCAUCCCCGAGACUGACGUUCACGCGUGUGGUGGCACAGGGCUUGUCGUCAACGUGUUUGGGCCCGUCGAUGCGUCGGUAGCGUCGAUCCGCUCGGUUACCUGCGUCGCAUUCCGCGGGGACAUGGACGCUUUGCCCAUGACCGAAGAGAACCCAUCGCUGGCCUACAAGUCGAAACAAGCUGGCGCUGCACACAUGUGUGGCCAUGAUGGGCACAUGACGUCGUUGGCUGGGUUUGCUUACCUGUUGCAGCAUCGUCGCAACUACCUUCCUCCCAACACGUGCGUCCGCCUUCUGUUCCAGCCCGCGGAGGAAGGCCACUUUGGCGCGGUGGCCAUGAUCAAAGAGGGAUGCCUCGACGGUGUUGAUGAGGUGUAUGGGUACCACAACGUGAAUUUCCCCGAGAACGUUGUGGCCGUGAAGGCGGGCGCCGUAAUGUCCCACGGCCUCACGUUCCACAUCACGCUCAAAGGACUGGGAGGCCACGGGUCAGCUCCUCAUCAGACCAACGACCCGAUCGUCGCGGCUGGCCACGUUAUUGUUGCCAUACAGACGAUCGCAAGUCGCAACAUUUCAGCCCACGACAGCGCAAUUGUGUCGAUUGCGCAGGUUCACGGCGGCGAAGCCGACAACGUGAUUCCGUCCUCGGUAGUCAUGUCCGGCACGGCGCGGGAUUUCUCCCCUGCUGUCGCUGACGUGAUCAAAGCGCGCAUGACUGCGAUUGUGACUCACACGGCGGCGGCGUACGGUGUGGAAGGCACGAUUCGAUUUGACGAGCGAUACCCUGCCACCGUGAAUGCAGCAGCUCAAGCGGAGAUUGUGCGCGAAGUGGCGCUAUCUGUGGCUGGUGCAGCGAACGUCACCACAUACGGGCUGCCCUUGUGUGCGUCGGAGGACUUUUCGUUCUACCUCCAGCAACGCCCUGGUGCGUUCUUCUUCAUCGGCACCGUCCAGAAACCCAGCGAAGACGGCACGACAGAACAGAAUCGCACGUUGCAUAGCAGCACGUUCGACUUCAACGACGCGAUUUUGCCCUUGUCCGUGCGCAUGUUCCUUGAACUCGCGCAGCACCGCCUCGCAUGCGAGCUGUACUCCCCUCGUGAAAUGGAAGGCAUUUACUCCCCGUCCACAGCGUAAUGUGGCAGCUCGUUCGGGGCCAUGGACCAGUAUUCGCCUUCGGGCCGGUUGAGUCGACAACGUUUGAUUCAUAAAUAAACAAGGUUUUCAUAAAUCGGUGAAAAAUACAUGGAAAAUCCCUGGUAAACUGUAUAAAUGAAUGUUUUCAAU